ACCAUCAAUCUAACCUAAAAUCCUCUAAAAACAAUAAUUUUCAGUAUUUCGAUAUUACUUUAUUUUGCUAUGAUAAAUACUAGCUAUGACUAGUCAGUAUAAGAAAUUUAUAAAACUCAUAGCAAAGUGGCCCUUGGAUAGCAGUAAGGGUGAGAGAGACUUGGGAAAAGUGAUCAGAGAUAAAGUGAAGGAGGCUUUUGAGUCAACAGAGCGGAUUAACCUUGAUUCUGAGUUGUGCAAUCGUCAAUACGCUGCACUCAACCGCCUGGCAGAUAACCACUACAAAAACAAAUAUAAACGUACGCACAACAGUACAGCGACCGGACUGAGCACUGAAGAGUGUAAUCUCAUGCUCUCCAGUGAGGUCCUCACUUAUUUGAAGGAGGAAAACAAAGGUUUCUUUAGCAAAAGACUCCGCACUUUGCCGCUUCGGAGAUUCUCCACAGAACCUGUGGAGUACAAAGACCACACUCCCGUUCUACUAAAUGAAGCUAUAACCCAUCUAAGUCCAAAAGACAAUGAGUAUUACAUUGAUAUGACAUUUGGAGCUGGUGGGCAUUCUAGAAAAAUACUAGAGUCUUCAGAUUGUAAUCUUAUAACACUAGACAGAGACCCAGUUGCUUUUGCGAAAGCUCAGAAACUUGCUGAAGAAUAUCCUAACAGAGUCACACCACUUUUAGGUAGAUUUAGUGAGUUACCUAACCUUCUGAAAGAGAAAGGUGUCAAACAACAAUCAGUAGAUGGUAUUUUAUUCGACUUUGGGUGUUCCUCAAUGCAACUUGAUAAUGGAGAAAGAGGCUUUUCAGUUAGCAAGAAUGGAUAUUUAGACAUGCGAAUGGAUGCAGGCCGUGACCCAAAUCAAAUAACGGCUAGGGAAGUACUCGCUACAGCUAAUGAGCAUGAGUUGUACAAAAUAUUUAAAAUCUAUGGUGAAGAGAAAAAAGCAGCAAAAAUCGCGCAAACUAUUAUUCAAGCCAGAUACAUGAUCAAAAAUAUAGAUACUACACAAGAGUUAGUAGACAUUGUGAAUUCUUGCUGUCCGGAUGAGAUUCGUUUAGACAAGCUUCAAAGACCCCAGUCGAAUGCUACAAAAAUAUUCCAAGCUUUACGUAUCUUUGUUAACAAUGAAUUGAACGAAAUUAACUAUGGGAUGGUCUUAGCGAAAUACUAUCUAAAAAUCCAUGGCCGCCUUGUCACGAUAACUUUCCAUUCAUUAGAAGACACAAUAAUAAAAAGGCAUAUCGCUGGUAAUAUUGUGAAUGAAGUAGCAAACCCGGUCCCGUUAAAGUACCUGAGUCCUACAAUGGUGCAGGAUCAGGAUACGAUCAACUAUUUUCUGGACACGCCGUGGAGAGCCAUCAACAAGCAUGUGGAAGUGCCGUCUGAUGAGGAGGUGGAACGGAAUCCGAGGAGCAGAAGUGCAAAGUUGAGAGCGGCUAUUAAAGUUAAAUAAUAUGAUUUAAAAAGUU